CCUCCCCCCUGCAGACCGCCUCCACCGUGCAGCUCCCGGUGCGCUGAUCGGCCAGAUUGCACCGACCCCCCUACAGCGCGACUGGCAGCAUCGCCCACUGCCUGCAAUGGCGUUCAGGCGGCUCUAGUGUGUCCGAGCGUGUUUCGGUAGUGGCGAUUCCGUCCCGGACAAUUUACUAGCGUGGGAUAGAAAACAUGUUUCUUUUUUUAAAAGAUUUUUUUUUGUUUGCAUCACGAGCGUGCACAUUCCGUUCACGAGUUUGAGCUCGUGGGUCUCAGUUGUGUUUGUAUCACGCGUCAAAUGGAGCCGGGGGAGCGGUGGAUGUAUGAAUGGGCCAAAAGGAACUAUAACAAGUGGUGGAUCUGAUAAGGCAGCGUUGCCGUAGGUCAAACGAGACUCCUCACUUCCACAUUCUAAUGAGGCCACGGCGAUGCUGACAUCCCCUUUGAAUCUUAAGAACUCAUCAUGCUGAAGACGGAGGCCUCGGGGGAGAGGACCAGCCUCCGGAGUGCCUCCCCCCACCGUAAUGCCUACCGGGCUGAGUUUCAGGCACUCAAGAAGGCCUUUGACCAGCCUCGGGUAGAAGGAGCCUCCAAGCCCAGGGACCUCGAGCGUGUGAAACAGCCAAGGGGUCGCCAGUAUGGCGGCCAUGUCAGUCGCAUUAAGGACAUGUUCAUAAAGAUGGGCUCAGAAACUGUGCCAGAGAAGGCCAAGAGUUGUGAUGAUUUCUCGCCACAAAAGAUGGUCAAGCCCACGAACUUCAUCAACAAGGCCGAUGGAUCAGUGAUAAAACUCCAGCAUUCUGUAUCAGCUGACAGGAUUGGAGGUGCUGGAGUAAAGUUCUCUGAAACCAGGAAGCUGUUUGAGCAGCACUCACGUGACCAGUCCCAAUCACCCGUCUUUCCAGGCGGACGUGAUAAACGAGGUUCCCAUGAGCAUCUAGAUGACUGGCGAGGUGCUCGGUCUAAUCGAGGCAGCACAGACUCCUUGGACUCACUCUGCUCCAGAACGGAGGCGUGCUCGCCAACUGUCAGUCAACUGAGUGCUGUUUUUGAAAAUGUUGACCAGCCCAACCAUGGCGCGCAGCUCAAAGGAGUCAGCAGACGGGCCCUCUACUCACCAGAUGGGUGCCACCGCCCUGGAGGUGAUGUCAGCGAAGAUGACUCGAGACAAUCUCCAGUUCGCGAGAGCUACCAGAGCAGGACAGGUGGGAAGUUUCCCACAUCCUUGUCUUCUGAGGACCUUCUCAGCGCCAGUCCUGGGACAGAGACUGAGACGGAGCUGAAACCAGUACAACAAGAGGACGAAGCCCAGGACAAAGCAGACAAAGAUAGGCGGCAUCUUUCCGGGGUCACCACCAACGGAGGCCAGGUGAAUGGUUCAUGUGAAGAAGAGGAGAAACCUUCAGAAACAAGAAAACAGGUUGAGGAUCUAGGGGUGUCCAAAGCUUCAAAAUCUACAGAUGGUCCUGUGAUUACCAACAACGCUUUGGAAGAUGCAACCCCUGAGCCGUUGCCGACCGCAACGACACCAGCUGGAGAAAGACUCGAGGAUGGGGAUGGUUCAAGAGAAGACACGUCCUCUGGGCCUCCCAAAGACCAGGCGGAAGAACCUGAUGAGGAAUACCUUGGGAAUGAGCGGGUGAUUUUUAACGCCGACGGGGACGCCUGUUACCAGGGUUGGGGGGAGAGCUGCACAGAUCCCGAGGAUGACCUUUACGGAGACGAUGAGGAUGUUGUCUACGACCCUGGCUCCGAUCUGACAGAGAUCCCUGGUCUGUCACACGAAAACAAAGAGGACGUCCCUCCAAAGAGGAAGAUUCGUUUCAGCACUGCCCCCAUUACAGUGUUCCACACCUACUCCAACGACGACUAUGACCGUCGUAACGAAGAGGUGGAUCCCGUGGCCUCCUCCGCAGAGUACGAGCUGGAGAAGAGGGUGGAGAAACUGGAGCUCUUUCCCGCGGAGCUGGAGAAAGAUGAAGACGGCCUGGGGAUAAGUAUCAUCGGGAUGGGUGUCGGCGCUGACGCAGGACUAGAGAAACUGGGUAUCUUCGUCAAGACCGUCAUCGAGGGCGGAGCCGCUGAGAGAGACGCCAGGAUCAAGGUGAACGACCAGAUCGUGGAGGUGGAUGGGACCAGUCUGGUGGGCGUCACCCAGAGCUUCGCCGCCACGGUCCUCAGGAACACAUCAGGAGUCGUCAGGUUUGUGAUUGGACGGGAGCGUCCGGGCCAGCAGAGUGAGGUGGCCACGCUCAUCCAGCAGACCCUGGAGCAAGAGAGGAGGCAGAGAGAGCUGCUGGAGCAGCAGUAUGCCCAGUACGAUGCCGAUGAUGACGAGCAGACAGGAGAGUAUGCCACAGAUGAGGAAGAGGAGGAGGAGGGGACAACAGUCGCAGGCCAGGACAAAAACAUUGAGGUGUUUGAUCUGCCAGAGUCGGAGGAAAUCUUGUCUCCCUCCGAGUUAGACGGCAACAAACUCUUCCAGAAGUUCAGAGAGCUCCAGAUCAAGCACACAGUGACCGAGGCCGAGAUCCAGAAGCUCAAAAACAAGCUGGCGUCAGUGGAGAGGGAUAAGCAGCGCUGGGAGAAGGAGAAGAACCAGCUGAAGGCCAGCAUCGAGGACAACAAGGAGAGGAUGCUGAAGCUGGAAAGCUACUGGAUCGAAGCGCAGACUCUCUGCCACACGGUCAACGAACACCUGAAGGAGGCCCAGGCCCAGUACCAAACUCUAGAGAAGAAGUACAACAAGGCCAAGAAACUCAUCAAAGACUUCCAACUGAAAGAGGUGGAGUUUGUCCAGAAGGAGGAUGCAGAGAGGAGGCGUCUGGAGGAGGCUGAGAAAGCUCACCUGGCUGAGAUCCACAGACUGCAAGUCAGGAUUGCAACAUUAGAGUCCGAGCUGAUGCAGCUGAUGAAGCAGAACGGCAUCCAGGUCAACAACAACAACAACAACAACAGCAACAGUGCCGAGAGGCUCGGCGCUCAGCAGCACAGCCCCAAGAGGGCUGCAGCACAGGCCAGAGACCUGAGGGAGGCCUCUCGUCAUUCACCCAGCAAAAACAAGAGCUACGCUGGAAUCAGCCGAGACAGCAUCAGCUCUACAGAGGGAGAGCUCCCAGAAGGACACGGCAGUCCAGCUCACAGUCGGCCUGGUUCCAUUCGUAGCGUGGCCUCUUGUGAAGGAGCCGCUGCGGCCCUGAGGGCGCCCGGCAGCGCAGAGAGCUCCCCCAGACGGACAGCACACCGGCCGUCCACUGCAGGUUCUCGGUCUCCUGCGAUGUCGAGCCCCUCUCGCUGUGUGGAGGAACACAGACAAACUCCGGAUGCAGGCUCCUCAGAGCCGUCAGCAGAGGACGGUCCAGAGAAACUCAAGGUCAAGGGACCGUCUCUGAGCGAGGAUCUGAGUGGCAGCAGCAGCAGCUCAGUGGAGAUCAGCGGCAUGCUGAGUGAAGCAAAGAUGUCGGGACGCUCACACACACUGGCGCUCUCCUCCGAUGAGAGUCUGGAUAUGAUAGAUGACGAGAUCCUUGACGAGGGACAGCUUCAGAAGCAGCAUCACUGGCAGAACCGCAGCAUCACCGAGUGGACCUCCCAGCAAGUGGCUCGCUGGUUAAUGGCGCUCAACUUAGAACACCACAUCCCAGAAUUCACUGUCAACAACAUAGAUGGAGAACAGCUGCUACAGCUGGAGAGCGCUGAGCUCAAGGCCCUUGGAGUUUCUUCUUCCCAGGACCGUGCCCUCAUCAAGAAAAAAAUCAAAGACCUUAAAGUUCUGAUGGAGAAGGCCAAGAGGAACCGAGAGAAAGUGAAGAAACAACGCGAGAAGCUACAGAAGCGAGAGCUUGAGCAGCAGCAGAAAGAGGCGCGCAGAGAAAGCACGGCAGAGUGAAGUGCAUUGUUAGAUCUCCGAUCUCCGACCCUCCCGCUUUACUGUAGCGCCACACCAAGUAGCGUCUGGAGGAACAGAGCGUCAGUAGGCCCCACAUAUGAACCCUGAGGGACGCCUGCUCAGUGGUUCGAUAGUCCUCAGUGGUGCCGCACACCCAACUGUCGGAGGCUGUUGAGGGACUUUUUCACCAAGCAAAGUAAACCAAAAUAAGCCGUUGGAUAAUAGGAUCCUGCCCCGUUCAGUUGCCUCAUUUUACACCCACCCUGAGUUUUUUGGCCAUUUAACGUGUUACUCCGUUCUAUUUAUUUAGCUGUUUAUUGCUGUACAUUAGGUUUAUUUAUUCAUAGCCAGAAUAAGUCUGUGAAAAGUUGAUCUCAUCCUCAUACCAUAUCAUCUUCAGAGCCGUCUGCAUUACCCGUGAAAGGUCCCGUAGACAAUCAUGUACAUGCACAGCGAUGAUACAGAUUCGUCUGAGGGGCCAUUUCAAUAAAUUAAUGUAUAACCUGUUCGGAUGCAUAGAUCCGUGAAAUUGCUCUACUGCAUUGACGGAGCUCAUCCAGGUCAGGCCUGUGAGGUGGAAUAGUAUGAGGCAGUAUUCAUCUCCCACCACUGGGUGGCCCCAUGCUGCUUAUUUUCACUACUGAAGGAGUCAACACUGGAACUUCCUGAUAGGAACUAAAGCGGAACCAAGUUUAAUGGGGAGAAGCAAAACUCUCUCAGUCCUCGCAAGAACACUGGAAGUGCAAACACUGUAAAUGUAACCUCUGCUGGCGCGUCCAGUGCUCCACACAGUAAACAUGUACCGACUAAAGCAGUUCACAAAGUAUGAAUGACGACAAGGACAUACUGUAACUCAUUGGACUGGUUCUGAUGGAGACUUCAGGUACAUUGUAAUUAUGACAUUUGUAAUUAUCCAAUCGUGUAUGACAAAAACAAAAGAGAAAAUGUUCAAAUUAAACUUCCUGCUUAGAUGCUUAAUGUGUUUAGCUUGGACACAGCUUGUAACCUGCUUUUGAACCUCUUUUUGUAUUUUCUCUUAAUGCCCCACCACUGCCUUUUAGAAAUUCUAGACUAGAUUUUUCUGAACUCUACCCGCUUCAGUUUGAGUGUCCACACAGCGUAGACUAAACAAUUGUAAUUGUUCAUUUCUUUUCGUUCAUUACGGGAUACAGUUCACCUUUCAGAUGACUUUUAUUCUGAAUAAUAUUUAGGAAUGCUGCCAUAUAGACAAGUCAUCUCUGUGACGGAGGACAGAAAGAUGAUUACGCUUAUAAUACUGAUAUUACACUGGAAAUUGUACCUGAUAGAUGCAAUAUAGUUUUCAUUUUCCUAUGAAACUGGUUCAGUAAGUGACAUUUUGAUUUACUUGUUAGAUAUAAAAGAAAUAUAUGCCGUUGAAAUUGUUUUGACAGAUGUACUUUAUGCAAUCCUUGUUUUGGGAUUAUGACGCUCACUGAGAGACACGCUCCCUGUGUUCCUUCUUUAGCAUUCCCGAGAAUCAUUCUGUCGAUUCACAGUAAAUAUAGAGACGCCAGUGUCACCGUGAUCAAAAUAAAGGCAGCUUUGGACAUAAUUCCCUUUUGUCUGAAUGGCCCUGCCCGGUGUCCUGGUAACUGAUUAAAGAUAGUGGAGGUUACAGAAACCUCCGUGCAAUCCCACAGUAAUACAGGUAUCACUGAUCGACUAAUGUUAUUAUUUAUUUAUUUCUGUAUUUAAUGAAGCAACUGACUACUGCUUAUAACUUAUUAAAAAAAAGAGUAUUACUAACACCUAACCCAUGAUUUAUCCAGAAUUGUAUGAUUACCUCCUAUUGCCAAAACAUAAGUAAACAUUUUAUUAAUAGUGAUUUAGAUUCAAAUGUCUUUUUUAUCAAAUGAAGGAUUUCAAGUUUGGAAAUACUCCCCCACUUGUGCUUGUGGUUUUCCUCUAAUGCUGCUCCAGUGCAACUCCAAUAACCUGCUUAUGAUGUGUUCUUGUGGAAUAUUUUGUAACACUUGAACCUUUCUGUGAAUACCCCCCACCCCCCACCCCACCCCAGCCCCGUCAAGUCGGUCCGCCGACUGCACUCUUUUGACUCUUUUGUAUGUAUAGUGAAACACUGAGAGCAAUAUGCUGAAAGAAUCCUACAGAAGCCUUGUUUUCUAUCGUGACUGUGUGUGUGUGUGUGUGUGUGUGUGUGUGUGUGUGUGUGUGUGUGUGUGUGUGUGUGUGAGAGUGUGUGUGUGUGUGUGUGUUUGCGUGCACAGUUUGUCUGAGGGCUGAGGAGGUUAAAGGUCACGCCUGAUGAACCCAACGUAUGGAUGAGACCCCGGUGCUCGUGGCAGGUGUUUGAGUCGUGCCCAGAAGGGUUUGUCUUCAUGUGUGUAGAGAGCAAAACGAUAAUCGCCACAAACUGCUCGCCAUGCUUUCACUCUUUUAAAAAGUCGUGCUGCUUAUUCUUCUCCUCCUCCUUUUUUUUGUCAUUACCUUGCUCUAUUUUUCGCAUCCAGAAAAGUUUUAAAGGGUCCCACUGAAUAAAAUGUGCAAAGUC